AGUCAUUCAAGCACAGGAUACACAGUAGAUAACAGAUAAGUACUACUAUAGUUUAUAUAAACAAGCUGCUGUGUAGCCAUGGGGGCAGCCAUUCAAGCACAGGAUACACAGUAGAUAACAGAUAAGUACUACUAUAGUUUAUAUAAACAAGCUGUUGUGUAGCCAUGGGGACAGCCAUUCAAGCACAGGAUACACAGUAGAUAACAGAUAAGUACUACUAUAGUUUAUAUAAACAAGUUGCUGUGUAGCCAUGGGGACAGCCAUUCAAGCACAUGACACACAGUAGAUAACAGAUAAGUACUACUAUAGUUUAUAUAAACAAGCCUUGACUGCAGAACCACCAGCACAUGCCCCUGAUAUUGUCAUGGAACUGCAUACUUCCCAUCUGUCCUGUUUUCUGCAGGACAGUCCCGAUUUUGACAGGUCAGCCCUCAGUCCCGGGUACUUUACUGAAAUGUCUCGAGUUUCUCUUUGACGCCAGAAAAUGACACAAAGUUUCUGAAACAUAAUUAAUAGCCCAGAAUAGCCAGCAGCUGCACUUAGAUACAGUUGUAACCAUUUAAGAUAAGUAAAGAAACAAUUGUAACUAUUUAAGAUAAGCAGGUCUCUUGAGAGAACUGAGACUUGCAGCUUAAAGGGCAAUUCAUUUGCAAAACUGUUAUCACAUAAAACAUUGCACAUGACUUACAAUAAUAGCUUUAUAUUUUACAAUAGGAGGUACUUUAUUCAGUAUAUAUUGUAUUGCACUUUUAACAGUUAUAAUUAUUGUGGGAGGAUAAAGCACGUGGUUCUACCCCUAGGUAAGACAACCGCACAUGUGGCUGGAAUGACCUUUCCAUACAACACUACGUUGUACUAACGUGACGUCAUUUCCCGCACGUCACACUCCAGAAGAGAUCGCGAGAUUUUCCUUCUUCCGCGAUCUACCUUGUACGUCAAUAUGACGUCUCUUGUGCUGUUCGGCCAUCUCCUCAACUGUAGCUAGGCCCACUCAAUCGACUCGCCUAUGGCAUCGAACGAACCCUUCCAAAAAUAGGGUUUGGGAAGUGAUUAAGCGCUCGGCGCCUGUUUAUACCGAAUCGUUUCUAUCGCGGGAAGCCGCGCUUGGCGUUUUCUGAUCUGUGUUCGAAGCGGGAUAUACCAAAAGCCCGUUAUGAGGGAGGCUCUGAUUCGAUUGCUCUGGCCUAGGGUAAUGGCGCCGCUCCCCCCCGCCAUGGCUCCCUGUCUCCUUGCUCUCUCAGUGAGGGAGAGCGGCCGCCGCCUGCAGGAGCUGACAAGGCACGGCCCGCUCUGUGUGCACCUCGAUAUCCAGCCUCCUGCGCCGGCCCCGGGGGUAAAGACUUGAGACGUGUGCAUAGCGAGGCUCCUGCACUGUAUGAGGAGAGGUUGGGUCUAUGGCCUCAGAGCUGGAAGCCACAGAGGAUGGCACUUCCACAGAUCUGGCAAAGCCCCUCUACCUCCAGUACUUGGAGCGAGCCCUCCGCCUUGACCAGUUUCUCCGACAGACCUCGGCAGUUUUCAACAGGAGCGUCUCCAGUGAUGAGAGUGAAGAUGGCUUGGAUGAAACACCCCUACUUCCUGAGUCUGAAGAUCUUUCCUUGCAGGUGAAAGAGGAGCCUAUGUCCCCUCUGCUUGGGGAACCUUGUGGAGAAGGGAGCAAGGAUCUUCUACCAGUUCAUGCAUGUAAUGGAGUCCUGAAACCAGAGCCAAAGUCAGAAAGAGGAAGCUUCUAUAAUUUUUCCAAACUUAAGAAAAGCAGAAAAUGGUUGAAGAACAUCCUGCUUAGUGAGGUCUCUAGUGAUACAGACUCUUUAAGUGAAGAGGAUGAGGGGGAGUCCUCACUAUCUAAGGAAGAGCUGCAUGACAUGCUUAGAAUACACAAGUACAAGAAACUGCACCAAAGCAAAUACAAGAAGGAUAAAGAGCUGCAUCAGUAUCCGUACUAUAGUGCCGGGCUUCUCUCCACCCACGACCCCUUUUAUGAACAGCAGCGCCACUUACUGGGCCCCAAAAAGAAAAAAAUCAAAGAGGAGAAGAAAUUUAAAGCCAAGUUAAAAAAAAUUAAAAGAAAGAGGAGGAGAGAGGAGGAUUUAUCUGAGGAUGAGCUGCCACGCCGACACCACCAUACCAAAGUGUUUGCCAAAUUUUCCCAAGAUGCCCCAACGCCAGUCGGAAAGAAAAAACACUUGACAUUGGAGCAGCUGAAUGCCCGCCGCAGGAAAGUCUGGCAGAUGAUUGUCAAGAAGGAGUUGCCAAAGGCCUACAAACAAAAAGUUUCAGCCCGAAAUUUACUGCUAACAAACAGCAAAAAGUUGGCUCAUCAGUGCAUGCGGGAGGUACGGCGAGCUGCUAUUCAGGCUCAGAAGAACUGCAAGGAGACUCUGCCUCGGGCGCGAAGGCUAACCAAGGAAAUGUCUCUGUACUGGAAAAAGUAUGAGAAGGUGGAGAAGGAGCAUCGGAAACGGGCAGAGAAAGAGGCUUUAGAGCAGCGUAAGCUAGAAGAGGAAAUGAGAGAGGCCAAGAGGCAGCAGAGGAAGCUAAAUUUCCUGAUAACCCAGACAGAGCUAUAUGCUCACUUUGUUAGUCACAAGCAGGAGUCUGGUCCAGAUGGAAUACAGGAAGAGAUCCUGCGCAAGCUGGAUGAGGGCUCAUCUCAGGAGCAAGUUGGAGUGGGAGGAUCCUACCUAAGCCUGAACCAUGACUAUGACAGUGGCUAUUAUAAGUCUCAGGCCUUAAAAAAUGCAGAAGAGGCCUUCAGGAUUCAUCAAGCACAGACAAGGGCAUUUGAUGAAGAUGCCAAGGAGAGCCGUGCAGCUGCCCUGCGGGUAGCCAUUAAGUCGGAAUCAGGCUUUGGGGAGAGCUACAGCCUGGCAAAUCCUUCUAUAAGGGCGGGAGAGGACAUUCCGCAGCCCACCAUAUUCAAUGGCAAACUUAAGGGUUACCAGUUGAAAGGCAUGAACUGGUUGGCAAAUCUAUAUGAACAGGGUAUUAAUGGCAUCUUGGCCGAUGAGAUGGGAUUGGGUAAAACCGUGCAGAGCAUUGCCUUGCUGGCACAUCUAGCAGAGAGAGAGAACAUCUGGGGUCCCUUCUUAAUCAUUUCACCUGCUUCCACUCUGAACAACUGGCACCAGGAAUUCUCCAGAUUUGUUGCAAAAUUCAAGGUACUCCCAUAUUGGGGCAGCCCUCAUGAGAGAAAAGUAAUAAGAAAGUUCUGGGGUCAGAAAACUUUAUACACUCAAGAAGCUCCUUUCCAUGUGGUUAUCACAAGCUACCAGUUGGUGGUGCAGGAUGUAAAGUACUUCCAGCGUGUAAAGUGGCAAUACAUGGUGCUAGAUGAGGCCCAGGCUCUUAAGAGUAGUUCAAGUGUCCGAUGGAAGAUCCUGUUGCAGUUUCAGUGUCGAAACCGUCUGCUGCUGACUGGCACCCCCAUUCAGAAUACCAUGGCUGAGUUGUGGGCACUGCUGCACUUUAUCAUGCCCACGCUCUUCGACUCCCAUGACGAAUUCAGCGAAUGGUUUUCCAAGGACAUAGAAAGCCACGCCGAGAACAAGUCUGCUAUCGAUGAAAAUCAGCUGUCUCGAUUACAUAUGAUUCUCAAACCUUUUAUGCUAAGAAGAAUCAAGAAGGAUGUAGAGAACGAGCUGUCCGACAAAAUAGAGAUCCUGAUGUACUGCAGUCUCACCACUCGCCAGAAACUUCUCUACCAGGCCCUCAAGAAUAAGAUCUCCAUUGAUGACCUCCUCCAGUCCUCCAUGGACACAGCCCAGCAGGCACAGAACACCACCAGCAGUCUCAUGAACCUAGUCAUGCAGUUUCGAAAGGUGUGUAACCACUCAGACCUAUUUGAACGUCAAGAAACGUGGUCCCCCUUCCACUUUUCUUUAAGGCCUUACCAAAUCUCUAAGUUUUUGUUCAGGCAUGGGAAUAUCAACUGCAUGAACUGGUCUCGAAAUAGGUGGCUACGUGUGCUGCUUUCGCCUUUUGCACCUGAUCACAUCCAACAAUCUCUCUUCCAUAGAAACGGGUCAGACAAAGAAAGCUGCUUCUCUUUCCUUCGAUUCUUUGAUGUCUGUUCUGCAGAGAUAGCCAACCUCAUGCUUCGGGGGCAUCUCCCAAGAUGGUUAGCUCUUUUCCUGUCUCUGAAAGCCGCCUACAGGCUCCACCAUGCACGUGUCUGGGAGGAGAGGAGUGAGUCCGAUAGCCGAAAUUCCUAUCUGACCAACAGGAGUUUAAUCCUCUGGGUGAAUUUUGCACUCUCUUUCCCCAACCUUCGUAGCUCCUCCACACUGCAGGAAUUGGUGUUCACUAGCCAUUGUAGACCGAUCUAUGGUUUCGAGGAUUACGUGCUGCAGGGGGGAAAAUCCGGUCAAUCUCAGGUUCGGCACUGUCAGAUUACACAGUUCCCAUCAUUCCUUUAUGUCACCUCACCUCAGGUUACUGCUUCACCAUUGGAUAUCUACUGCAAUGAUCGGAGCGCAGAAUAUGAACGCCGGGAGUUCAGAGAGGGUGGUGGCCCCAUUGCCAGGCAGUGCUUAAUGUUUGGAGCCCCAGAACUUUAUGCUGAUUGGCCACUAAGGCACGUAAAAUUCUUCCCUGCCAGUCCUGGUGGCUUAAUGGCUAUCAGACCACGGAACGGCUGGUCCUACAUCAGAAUACCUGAUAAGGAGAGUCUGAUCACUGACAGCGGAAAGCUAUAUGCUCUUGACUUGCUGUUGACUCGGCUAAAAUCACACGGCCAUCGAGUGCUCAUUUACUCCCAGAUGACGCGGAUGAUCGACUUGCUGGAGGAGUACAUGGUGUAUAGGAAACACACGUACAUGAGGCUUGAUGGAUCCUCCAAAAUUUCAGAAAGGAGAGACAUGGUGGCAGAUUUCCAGAGCAGAACGGACAUUUUUGUGUUCCUGCUCAGCACCAGAGCCGGAGGACUGGGAAUUAACCUCACAGCUGCUGAUACGGUUAUUUUCUAUGACAGUGACUGGAACCCAACAGUGGAUCAGCAAGCCAUGGAUCGGGCUCACCGGUUGGGCCAGACCAAGCAGGUGACGGUAUACAGGCUCAUUUGUAAGGGCACCAUAGAAGAGAGAAUACUACAGAGAGCAAAGGAGAAGAGUGAGAUCCAGCGGGUGGUGAUCUCUGGUGGAAACUUUAAGCCAGACACCCUGAAACCAAAAGAAGUUGUGAGCCUGCUGCUGGAUGAUGAGGAACUGGAGAAAAAAUUGCGUCUGAGGCAAGAGGAGAAACGGCAGCAAGAGGAGACCAACAAAGUGAAGGAGCGCAAGAGAAAGAGGGAGAAAUAUGCAGAAAAGAAGAAGAAGGAAGAUGAGGUGGAUGGGAGGAGGAAGAAGGAAGGGGUUAAUCUGGUGAUUCCUUUUCUGCCCUCAGCGGAUAACUCCAAUAUGUCUGCAGAUGGGGAAGACUCAUUUAUUAGUGUUGACUCUGCAAUGCCAAGUCCAUUCAGUGAGAUUUCCUUCAGCAGCGAGCUCCAUACAGGAUCCAUUGCUCCAGAUGAAAGCAGCAACGACAUGUUGGUUAUAGUUGAUGAUCCCUCCUCCUCAGCGCAGCAGUCUAGAGGCACCAAUUCCCCUGCUUCUGUCACUGGCUCUGAAAAUCUCAACGGGAUUUCCAACCAGGAAACUCCAAAGAGCAGCCGGGUGAACUCGAGUCAGAACAGAGGACGUGCCAAGGCCGGAGCAAACAGCUCGAAAGGAGGAGGCAAAUCCCGAAGCCGCAAAUCCACUGCAGGUAGUGCCGCAGCAAUUGCCGGAGCCAUGGCGGGAGCAGCCGCCGCUUCUGCUGCAGCCUAUGCGGCCUACGGAUACAAUGUUUCCAAAGGUCUCCCAGCCAGCAGUCCCCUCCAAAACUCUUUGUUGCGAACUUCAGGGAUCUCUGACUGUGGCCCGCUAAACACAUCAUCUCCCAUCAACUCUCCAUUAAGCAAAGGAACUCCCAAAAUCAACAAUCCCAUUGGCUUAGCCCCAGAAACUCCGACACGGAGACACAGCAAGGCUCCCAGUACCCCAGGAGGAUUAUAGUGCUCUGUUUUUAGGCCUGUGAUGCUGUUAUUGAAUCUAUGAGGGAAACAUUCAUAUUUGUUUCUUUUACAUGAGGAUGUCCCAUAUUAUAGUCUCUGAGACCAACAGCACAAAUAUGAGAGGUCUCCUUGAGCUGGAGAACUGCUGUGGGGGUGAAUCAAGGUAUUUGUAUUGGUUCAGAAUCCUUUUAUGAAUCGGGUCUCAAGAAAAUAAGUAAUAAGUCACCACAUUGAGGAAGAGGCCCAUGUGCCCUCAGCAAGGGGAGCAGAUAAACCGAAAACUUGUGGAGUAGGCACUCGAAAUGAAGGCAUUCUUCCACAUGUACAGCCUUACGCGUUUCGUGUUGCAAACACUUAGUCAUAGGCUGUGUCCAACUUCCGCAAGGGAUAUAACGCCAAUGAAACUAAAUUAUGGAAUAUCUCUGAACGUUAUCUAGCCUCCCCGGAUUUUUGGAGCGUCUUCAUUUUCCAGGGUCAGAACUGGAAUAUGUGGCGCUUGCUGCCCAGGGACCUCGGGAAUCCACGACGAUGCAAUAAUAACGUCUUAUUUAUACGUUCCCUUUCUAAUGUUGCUUGCACUAUUGUCUGCCCUGAAAUGAGUGAGCAGAACGGACUAACUGAGUGAUGGUUCUGCUUUCAUGGGAUCUGCUGUGGAGACAACACACCAAAUGAGGAGACAUAAUAAGGUUCCAAUAUCCAGUCCAACGCAUUUCCUUCCUUCGUCCAACAUAUUUCUUAUUGAGAGAAGUGUCCCUACCAGUGAUACCUCUUCUCCGCUGCUUCAGUCUUUUAAAUUGGGCCCUUUCCCUGUGACGGAACAUGAUGUAUGGCCUCCCAUGAGUGACAGAACCAUCCCAUUAAAAGGACUUUCUUUUUUUUUUAACAAAAUUCAUUUAUUAGCUUGGGGCCAGAGAAGAUGCUUCCUCCCCUCCUGAGCUGAGCUGCACAAUCUUUUGUGUGAGACAAAGAGACAACGUGUUCUGCUCAAGAACAAACAUUUCCUAUCUUCCAGCCUCCUGGAGGCACCACUUAUCCCUUUCUCUGUCCCUUUCUCUUAUGCCUUUUUCUUAUCCCUUUCUCUUAUGCCUUUUCUCCUAUCCCCUUUCUCUUAUCCCUUAUCUCGUAUCCCUUUUCGCUUAUCCUUUUUCUUGUAUCCUUUUUCUCGUAUACCUUUUCUCUUAUCCCUUUUCUCUUAUCCCUUUUCUCUUAUUCCUCUCUCGUAUCCCUUUUCUCGUAUCCCUUUUCUCGUAUCCCUUUUCUCGUAUCCCUUUUCUCGUAUCCCUUUUCUCGUAUCCCUUUUUUCUUAUCCCUUUUCUCUUAUCCCCUUUCUCUUAUGCCUUUCUCUUAUCCCUUUCUCUCCCAGAGAGGCUCCUGCCUUUGAUUUGCACCCCUGCAUUUCAUUCAGUGACACAGAGGGGCCCAUUUACUUAUGUCGAGUGAAGGAAUAGAGGAAAAAAAACUUUGAAUUUCGAAUGUUUUUUUGGCUACUUCGACCAUCGAAUGGGCUACUUCAACUUCGAAUCAAACGAUUCGAA